CUCUUUCUUUCAGAGUUUUUGGUUUCUUCAUAUACGAAACAAACCCCCCCUAUUUUUGUUGAUAACAGAGUUAAACGUAAUUUGUACUUUUCUUUUUUUCAGUUAGAGCAAAGAAAACACAAAAUUGAAGAAUAUCCGUCAUGAAGGAAGAACUCUGACAUACAUAGGUAUCGUAGGCCUGUGUGCUUCCUCCAGGGAAAUUUAAAAAAAAAAAAGUAAAAUCAUUUUAAUUCUUUUAAAGCAAUAUAAUUGGAAGGAAAAAGCAAGUGAGGACAAAAACCCAAGUGUCAGCAAAGCCUUGAAACUUGAAAAUGGAAGCAAAAGAAAAUACUAAUGAGACAGAGCUGGACAGAAAUAGCCAAACAGUGGAAAGAAAUGGUGCUUCUUUAAAAGCCACUACUGUAUUGACCAACUUGUCUGUAGCUACUGGCUCACAAACUCCUGGGGAUUCCAGUCAGAUUGUUCAAAUGUCCCCGACUGAGGAGAACAACUCCAAAAUUCAACGUAUGUCCUUUAGCCAGGCUUUUCUGAUGAAAAGAAAUCAAAAAGAGGAACAGCUGAUUGCAGAAAAGCUGCCCCAAAACACAGUGCUUGGCUACUGUUGCAGCAAGGUUGUUCAAUCUAAAAUAAAUUCCUUUCGAAGGCCACUGCCUGGCAAGGAUGAGCGUUCUCUGACCAGAGCGAUGCCUUCAGCCAUGGUUUCUAAACUAGUGGUGAGACCUCCCUCCACCAGCGGUGGUGCCAUCAAAGAUGGGAGAAUCUCAGAUGAGGCCAUUUCCAGUAAAUUUGGGAGCCCCGCCCCCUCCCAGAUCAAAUCUCUUAUGAAACCUCCUCUUAGAAGCCACUAUGAUGCGAUACCAAAACAAACUGUCUGUAGGGCCUCCGGCCAGGUCACUGACUCCAAAGAGUCUCGUAAAAAAAGGCUCCUACUGUCAAAUUCAGUUCCAUCUACUGUCAAGAAAGGGCUGCCCCCAUCCCAGGCGAAGCCCACUCUAUCUAAUGUCAAGAAGCAGCUGCCACUGGGAAAGCCAGCUCUGGUGAAUGCCAAGGCCGACGCCUUGGAUGAACUGGAAAAUAUGGAAGCAAUGUCUCAGACUGUGACGUCUAGAGCUCCAGCCAAGCCUGAUCCUUCAACAUUGCGGGUGAAAUCGAUGGGCAGCCUAAGGUCUACUCUCCUGAAAGAUUCAGUAGAAGACAGAAGCAGAGCUCGCUUGGCUGAAUGGAAAGCUUCCAAGGGGCGAGUGUUAAAAAGGCCUCCUAUUUCUAUGCCACUGGCUCAAUCUAAGAUGAAAGAACAGCAAAUGAAGUCAUUCAGGACCACCACUGUGGAAGAAGAGGAGCAAAAACUAUUUACUGAAAAAGUUAAUUCUUUUGCUGAAUGCCUGAAGUUGAUUAAUAAGGGAUGUCCAAGAGAAGAAGUACUCAACAUGCUGGAAAAGGUUGUUCAAAAUAUUCCCAAUGCCAGAAAAUCAGCCAAGUAUUGGGUAUGUCUCGCACGACUUGAACCGACUGCAAAUCCUGUUCAAGAUAUCCUUGUAAUUUAUGAGAAAGCGAUGCUGGCAGGGGCUAAGCCUAUUGAAGAGCUGCGACAUGCAGUUAGUGACAUCCUAAAGAAGAAGAACCUACCCCACACUGAUGUCGGAGAGAAUGUUAACAUGAUUAAUACAACCGAAGAAGGAACUGAGGAAGUCAGCGGUGAAGUAGCUAACCAAGGAGACACUGAUGCAAGUUGGAAGUCUGAGCGAGAAGACUUGAAAAAUAGGAGUUCCAGAAAGAGAGUGGGUGGGAAAAUUGAGGAACAGCAGGAUGAUGAUGAUACCCCAAAAGAUUCCAAUGACUGUUUGAAGACUCCUGCACAAAGAGUCAGUGGAGCUUUCUUAAUUAAGUACAAUGUGUCAAAUUUACCAAAUCUGCAGAGUGCAAAGAAGAUGAUGCAGUUAGAUGUUGAUUCUUCAGUUAUGAACUUGAAGUUCCUCACCCCCGUGAGGCGGUCUCGACGCUUUCAAGAUAAGACCUGUGAACUCCCAACUAUGUUAAAAGAUCACCACCUGUGCAUUUCUUCUUUGGAACAACUGGCAGAAUUGGGAGCUGAAACCAGUUGUUUUGUUUACCAGCAAAAUGAAGCACUGCCCAGAAUUGGCACAGAAGCUGAAGAACCACAGAGACAAUGAAAGUUUGGCAAGAAAUAUCUUUUUUUAAGAAGAAAAAAUCUUGGCUGUCUGAUAUGUAUUUUUCAUAAGUAUGUAGAAUUGGCUUAAGUGCUAGCAUCUAGAUAUCUGCUUCCAAGCAUGAGAAUAGGUAAUUGCGUGGUCACUAAGCAAAACAGUGGCCUUCAAACUGGCUGCUUUUGACUCACAGUUCUCCUUUCAUUUCAAAUGGAUGGGGAUUUUGUAGUGCUCAAGGCGUGUGAACAGACUGAUAUUACUUGAUUGUUUUGCUCUGUUUUCUUUGCAACAAAUUUCGUGGUGAAAUAGUUUAAGCAAAAUGUAUCCUCCUUCAUUAAUUUAAUUAAUUUAAUCGUUUGCUAAAACAGACAAUUUCUAAAAUGCAAAACUAAAGUUGGGGGAAAUGGGGCAGGUGAAUCAAAAGGACAGAGCUACCGUGUACAGCAUUUUUAGGAAUGGGUUGUUCAUAAAGGGGACUUAUUUUCUGGCCUAAUCUAGCAACUUUGAGCAGUAACAUCUACUUUCAUUUAGAACCUAGGAGAAGAUUCAGUAUCCUUGAGAUUUUAUUAAAAAGAAAAAAAGAAUCCUAGCAUGACACUAAUCUUUUAACACUAUCUAUUGUACUAAUGAGCCAGUUCCAGCACUUAAUAUUCCCCAAGAUGACAAUAAUAAAUUGAUCUUUUUAAAAUAUAAAGCUGAGUAAAGAUAUUGUAGUAUUGUGGAUUUUUUUUUUAAGCAGAUGGUAAAACAGUUCAGCAGUGGGUCUGAACAGUAAAACCGCUUUCUGAUAAAAAAAAAAAAAAAAAAAGAUUUCAUGACCCCACAAUUUUUCAGUUUAAGGAGUUCUAUCUAGCUCAGACUCAACUAUCCAGCCCCUGGCAAGGUGGUGUUUUUUUCUGUGUCCACUUGAGUUUAUGUAGAUGGAUUCCGUAUCCAGUAAGACAGGUUAGUGUAUUUGGAUCUGAAGUCUGUAAUACUGUAGUUCAUUGUAAAUUUCCUAGCUGUCAGACAAGUGGGCUGAUGCUCAUAAUUUGCUGUCAAGGUGGAUGAGUUAAAAAAAAAAAAAAUUAAAGUACUUAAUGAGUUGUUCACGUUAGAAGCUAUUAUUUCCACCAGGUUGACUUUCUGUAUGUACAAUCUUUAAUAUAUUGCCCUCAGAUUUGCUCUCUCUAUUCGUUCAUAAUGAUUAUCUUUAGAAAGGCAUGUUUUUUCAGCCCCCAAAGAAAGAGGUUGAAGGAGCCUCAUUCUCCAGUGGCUUUUCACGUUGUGUGUGUGUGAAUUAUCUAGUAGUUUGCCCAAUAUUGAUAUUGAUGAUAAUGAUGGAAUCUCCCAUCGAGAACAACAGCUGAGCCUUGGGCCUGAGACUCUAGGAUCAAGAACCUGUGUGGUGCAAUUGAUAAUCCUGCUAGAGGCUUGUACAGAGCCACCUGCUCUCGCUCUCUCCCCUGCCAGUCAUGUUCCCACUAGGGCACAGAGUGCAGCAGGAUUGAGUGCCAUGCAACAAGGGGCGGAGAAAGAAAAAAACUUCUCAGCUUUCAAUUCUUAGUUCAGCAGUUACGUUUUCUGGCCCUGCAUCCUCUAUGUGAACUAAGAAGGUGUCUUUCCUCAACUCCCCACUCUGUAUUUUGGGAAACUAUAAGUAGACCAAUCUUGAGAUAGCAAAUCCCUAUAGGCCCUGGACUGCAUUUGCUUUGGAAAUCUUCACUGGGCUACUUCAGGAUCAUAUAUCCUUUGGGCACGCAAGUAUUGAUUAGUGAAAUACCAUACUUGGCAUUAGGAAGAAAUUGGAAAUUGCUAAUGAAAGAAGCCAGUAAAUGCCAUUUGGCCCAGUUGUUUUGGAAUUUGAAGGACAGAUGAAAUUAUCACUCUUGCUUAUUGUUCAUCUUAAAGUCUUUUGCAACCAUCAGCCCAAUUUGGCUAUAAAGCAAAGGUGCCCAAAUUUUAUUUUGAGUCCCCAGGGUCAGGAUAUCCACUAAAGAAGAGCACUGAGGGGAUAUGGAGGAGAUGAGGAGGGAAUGGAUUUGAUAACUCAUAACAUUAUAAAGUCUGUUACAUAUAUAAUUGUAGUUUUAAACCAUUAAUCCUCAUUCAGGUGGCUGCUUUUUCAAAUAAAUGUAUUAGAAUUAA